GACCGAAAUGACAAGAAGUCUUCUUUUAAAAAGUUAAUAAAAGACGUCAACAACAUGGAAGACUUAAGAGUUUCUAGAAAUGCUGAAAGAUCUACAUGUAAAAUAUGUCUGCUGGUGGAAGCCAAAUACACAUGCCCUAGAUGUAAUUUGAGUUAUUGUUCAGUCCCAUGUUACCAGAGUGAAAAACAUGUUGGUUGCUCCGAAGCAUUUUAUAAAGACUGGGUGGUCAGUGAGCUGAAGGACAUGACAAACAACCCAGAUGAUAGAAAGAAAGUCUUGGAAAUGUUGAGCAAAGAUCUGGAGGAAAAAGCCAAUGAAGAAACAGAUGAUGACUCUGAUGAUGACCUUGCAGUUAGGCUCAAUGGCUUAGACUUAGAUAAAGAUAUUAGUACAGUAUGGAAACGCCUGACAAAGAAAGAAAGAGAAGAGUUUGCUAAAAUGUAUCUAGAUGGUCGAAUAGCUACUCUUAUUGAACUGUGGACUCCUUGGUGGCGAUCAAAAAAAAACAAUAAGCUAGUGACUGAUAAAUUAGAAGAUGAUGUGAAAGUGGAAGAAAAAAUACCAGAAUCUUUAACAGAUGUUCCAGAUAUUAACAUUCUUUUAAAAAGCAAGCGUCCUUCAGCUAAUCUUCGAUUUGAUUUAAUCAAUAUAUUGUUCUCUUAUGCUUACGUUUGCCGUAUUCACAAUGGUACACAUUUAGAAUGUCCAGUUGACAGCUGUCAGGAACUGCUAAGCAUAAGUGUGGUACUAAAUGAGCAGUAUAGUUGUUCCAGUAUUGGGGAGGCUAUUCAAAAAUCUGUAGAAAGUUUUUACAAAAGGGAAAAGUCUUCUCAAAGUAGUUCCUUUAAAUUCCUUAUGACUCUGUUGGAAGAUCUUCUGGUUUUAAUUUCUGGCCCAGGGAGUACCAAAUGUUUAACCUUUAUGACAGCAGCAUUAUCAGACUUGACACAGUUGCUUAGAAUGGCACAUCAUAUUAUAAAGAAAGAACAGAAACAUUGUGAAGAGUUGGCAUCAUUAAAGUCUCAAAUUUUCAAAGCAGAGAAAAAAAUCCUUUUCAUAAUGGGCUGGCUCCAGCGCUAUGGUAUGGGCAUGCAUUCAGUUUUACCACUAUUGCAGUUUGAAAUAGAAACAAGGCAGUCUGAACAUGAAGCAGUUUGUGAAAUCAAGUCAGCAGUGGAAUCCAGUUUGGAUUCAAUUAAAGCACUUUCAGCCCCUCAACAGGAGUCGUCAAAUAAACAAAAAAUUAUAGAGCUGACAUAGUGUCACACAUUUGUGUAUCUAUGUUUUUUUUCAAAAGCAUAGCCAUAAAAAGACAGUAUCUUUGAAUUACUCUGCAAGAAAAAGAGUUCUUAAAAACAAAUUAGCAGAUAAACUUGUAUAUAUGUUCAUGUCAGCAUAAGUCUUAAGAUAAUGAUUAACAAUGUUUUUAUAUUAGUAAAUAAACUCUGAAGAUAAAACAAAUGAAUAACAUUAUGACUAUUAUAAUACAGUGGAAACUGAAUUUCUAUUUUGUAUUGAAUUUUUGAAUUGAAUUUAAUGAAUACAUUGAGUGUACUGGGUAUCUCAUAAAAAAAUUUUUCUCUUCAUUAUAUAUUAAUUUUUAUUUUAUAGCAAUGUGGUAAAGAUUACUGCACCAUAUUUAAGAUAGUCUGUGCAUUUAAAAGAAAAAAUUUGAACUGGAAAAUAAAAAUUUGGCUGUUCUUUUAACAA